GCAUGCGCACUACGCUUUCUCAAUGACGCACCCCCGGAAGCACUGUCAGUUUCGGGGGGCGGGACCGGGAAGCGUUUCCGGGGGCUGAAGGCACAGGCUGAAUCUGUUGCGGCAGCGGAGGCUAGAACGGGCCUGCGCCGACGGCAGAGAGGAUAUCUUGGGCGGGGGAUGUGAGCGCUGAGCCCUUGGCAGAAGUCAAUGUGAUUUUAAUUUGAAGCAAAACUGAAAUGGGUUCUUCUUCCUCAUUCUAUUCAUGUUGCUUUUUGAUGGCCAUGGCAUAAGGAACUCUAUCCCAGGAAUACAGCUUUGCAUUAGCACCGAACAAGAUUUGUGAUGAAAUGGAGCCUGGAACAAACUCUUUUCGGGUAGAAUUUCCUGAUUUUUCCAGCACCAUUCUACAGAAACUGAACCAGCAGCGCCAGCAAGGACAAUUAUGUGACGUCUCCAUUGUUGUCCAAGGCCACAUUUUCCGGGCACACAAAGCCGUUCUUGCUGCCAGUUCACCCUACUUUUGUGACCAGGUACUCCUGAAAAACAGCAGGAGAAUUGUUUUGCCUGAUGUGAUGAACCCAAGAGUGUUUGAGAACAUUCUCCUAUCUAGUUACACAGGACGUCUAGUAAUGCCCGCUCCAGAAAUUGUUAGUUACUUGACAGCGGCAAGCUUCCUCCAGAUGUGGCAUGUGGUAGACAAAUGCACUGAAGUUUUAGAGGGAAACCCUACAGUCCUUUGUCAGAAGCUAAAUCAUGGCAGUGACCACCAGUCACCAAGCAGCAGUAGUUAUAAUGGCCUGGUAGAGAGCUUUGAGCUGGGCUCUGGGGGUCAUACUGAUUUUCCCAAAGCCCAAGAACUGAGAGAUGGUGAAAAUGAAGAGGAGAGCACCAAAGACGAGCUGUCAUCCCAGCUCACCGAGCACGAAUACCUGCCCAGCAACUCGUCCACAGAGCAUGACCGCCUGAGCACGGAAAUGGCAAGCCAGGAUGGGGAGGAGGGCGCCAGCGACAGCGCCGAGUUCCACUACACCCGGCCCAUGUACAGCAAGCCCAGCAUCAUGGCUCACAAACGCUGGAUCCACGUGAAGCCCGAGCGCUUAGAACAGGCUUGCGAGGGCAUGGAUGUGCACGCGACCUACGACGAGCACCAGGUCACAGAGUCCAUCAACACCGUGCAGACAGAGCACACAGUGCAGCCUUCGGGAGUGGAGGAGGACUUCCACAUCGGGGAGAAGAAAGUGGAAGCUGAGUUUGAUGAACAGGCUGAUGAAAGCAAUUAUGAUGAGCAGGUGGAUUUCUAUGGCUCUUCCAUGGAAGAGUUUUCCGGAGAGAGGUCAGAUGGGAAUCUAAUUGGGCACAGACAGGAGGCUGCCCUCGCAGCAGGCUACAGUGAGAAUAUUGAAAUGGUAACAGGGAUUAAAGAAGAAGCUUCCCACUUAGGAUUCUCAGCCACCGACAAGCUGUAUCCUUGUCAGUGUGGGAAAAGUUUCACUCACAAGAGUCAGAGAGAUCGGCACAUGAGCAUGCACCUCGGUCUUCGGCCUUACGGCUGUGGGGUCUGCGGUAAGAAAUUCAAAAUGAAGCACCAUCUCGUGGGCCACAUGAAAAUUCACACAGGCAUAAAGCCGUAUGAGUGUAAUAUCUGUGCAAAGAGGUUUAUGUGGAGGGACAGUUUCCACCGGCAUGUGACUUCUUGUACUAAGUCCUACGAAGCUGCAAAGGCUGAGCAGAAUACAACUGAGGCUAACUAAAAAUAGGAUCUGGCCCUUGAGUGGCAUGCACAAAAAUAAACUAUGGUAAUUAAUGCAAAUCUGGGCACAGAUGAUGCGUGCUACUUGCUAUUAUGAGAGAAGCUUAAAAAAAAAAAAGGAAGAUAUUUCUGAAAGACCAGCUCUAAGUAGGCCAAUUAAAAAAAUCUAAUUCCUCAAAUUUGUGUGUUCCAGUCCUGGCCUGGAAUGGGUAAUGGGCUGAGUUAACCCACUGCCCAGCUGGCAAGGGAAACCUUCUGACUGGUUGUGAUUGAAACAGGUGGACAGAGACACCUGCACUUGGAACUGGACUCCACCCACCAGUUCCGUUUUGGGUGGCAGCAGCUUUGGAUCACUCAUUAUUACAAGGUCAUGCUGAAAUUUUAUUUUGCUCUUGCUAUAGAUACUUAGGUAAUGUGGAUUUGUUUUGGUAGCUAUUUCACUGAGGGAAGUGCUACUUAUAUAAAAGCUACAAAUAAUGUGAUUCCUAGGAUGAGAAAUUGGUUAACAGAGCUCUGUUGUCUGGUUUUAGUCUUUCUAAAGGAUAUUUUAACUAAAACUAUGGAGAUGCUAAGAGAGUGACUUUCUAAAUAUGAAACAGAUAAUUUAUGGUACAAGGCUGACAUAGUGCCCUUGUCAGUUUCUGUAAGAUGCCACUACUGUCACAAGGUGUUUCAGACUCUUGAUAAGGCAGUGUUUUGUAUUUUAGUUCUAACAUUGAGUUUGGACAAUUGUAUCUAAUUGUAAUUCUCUAGGGUGCCAGAGAUAGGUAUUUCUCAUUGGUUUGCUUUCCCAAAUCCUGUUUGGUUAAUUGUAGCCUCCAUACAGUGGGGUCUUCUCUGUGGCUGGUAGACACCAAGCUGCUGUGACUGACCACGGUACCACGGGCUGCCACAGCCCCUGCUCUGUCUUAGAUUAUGGUGCUUUACAAAGAGAGUGGUCCAUGACCACACUUAGUGAGAAGGAGCCACAAGUUGUGGCUGAGAGUUCCCUGUGAACUUGAGUAGUUCAUAGAGUGCUAAGGUGACACUCCACCUACCAGAAUGAGAGGGCAGAUAGGCAGGAUUCUAUGAGUGGUUAUACUUAAGGGGGAUAAAACUGCCCAAGAAGAAUCUUGAGAAUACACUCUUUCAAGGUGGGGGAGAUACUCUUUAGAGGGUACACUGAGCUAAUACUUACCAGUUCUUUAUGAGCGCUGGAAUGUGUUUGUAAAAGGAGUCCUAAGUUUAGCAAGGUAGUCUACCGAAUCAUGCUCCCACAUUAUAGAUAAAGCUGCUUAAACUUAAAAGUCCACAAAGCUACGCCGACCAGAAAAAAAAAUUAAAAAAAACAAGAAAAGCAACUAUUCUGAGACCUUUUCUGCCCAUCAGUUAGAUGAUUUAGGUUAAAAAGAAAGGUAAUACUACACAUGCUUUUAAGCUGUGUAACAUACCUGAGGUUAUCACCAGGGUAGGACAGGGUGCUACUACCAUGUCAUCUUUUCCACAAUCGUACUGGGUUAUUUACUUCUAAAUAGAAACUUUUUUUUCUUAAAAUAAAAAUAAUUUUUCUUGGAUUUGGGGUGAAAUUUUAUUUGAAAAGCUUGGCUUUGCUGUAAUGUAAUAGACAUUGCUGGCAAUGGCCUCUGAUUCUCAAGCUCCUAACACCAGGGUGUUUACUUGUUGAACAUUGUCUGGAAAGAGGAAAGAAAAUACUUAUUUACCAGUUAACUCUUGUAAGCAAGAUUACAAACAGGGAUUUAUUCACAACACUGUAUCAUUCUCGAUAUAUAAAAAGCACUUUGUAUUUAAAACUUUAUUAUAAAUAUAUAUAUAUAUUGUUCUUUUUUAAACCUAGAAACUAGAUAUUACCUCUUGGUUGUUUGCCACAUUAAUAGCUUCUCUUAGUAUUGAAACGUUACUGGUUAGCAGUCUUUUCUCUGUGUACCUGACACACGUAUACUGAGGGGACUGUACAAUCAAGCCUAUUGUCUCCUUUUCUUUCACUCAUGGUAGAGGCCAGUGGGUUUUAGGUAUGAUCCUAGCCAUUAUAUUUGAGGAGAAAUUGUUCUAUUACUCCUACUAAUUUCAGUACUAAGGUGGUGAUGCCAUUUUGUUCUGCCAAAAACUGAUCACCCUCUCCCAUGGUAUUAGCAGAGCAUUUUCUGCCUGUUUGGAAGGUUUGAUGUCCUGUUUCUCAUUGAAGACUAUUUACAUGAUCAUUAGGACAUGGCGGGAGAAGUCUGAGAGGUAAAAAUACAGAUAUUCCGGGAGAGUCGUGGUCCUUCAUUCUGCUGAAAUCAGCAUAGUGCCCUUGUCAUGAGGAAGAGUUUCUGUUCAGCCAAGAGUGGUGGCACGCUUGGGUGGUAGUUUUGGAAGCAGUCAGUUGUGCUAGGACUUAUUUAAUAUGUUGUGAAGAGAAAGAGUGUCUUCUUGAAAGCCUUAUGUGUCCAUCAGCUACUAAAUGUAGAACUUAAAUAAGUUGCUCACAUCUGUUCUUUUAAGUUUUUUGUGGUAUUUGAGGUUUUGGCAAAAAUUGGGAUUUUUUUAUCAGGCAGCCAGAGUCUGGGAGGUGGUGGGGUGUCUGAAAUGCUGGCCAUGUUCAGAGAGGCAGGAGAAGGGGGUUGCUUUCAUUUGAAUAUUAAAAGUGAAUUUUUGUAAACUCUGGUUUUUACCUUUUUUUCAUCCCCACGUUGAGUUGGAGGAAUAGUCUCUUCUCUUCACCUCAAUAUAGCUUUAGAAAAUCUUUAUCCUUCCUAAUGAGUUUGGAUGGUUGUGGGUAACAUUGUUCAAACAAUCUUUCAGGGAUCACGUCAAUGGCCUACAACCAAGCUAUUUGUCCCCUACUUUGAGUCUUUUUUUUUUUUUUUUUUUUUGAGACGGAGUCUCGCUCUGUCGCCCAGGCUGGAGUGCAGUGGUGCAAUCUCGGCUCACUGCAAGCUCCGCCUCCCGGGUUCACGCCAUUCUCCUGCCUCAGCCUCCCGAGUAGCUGGGACUACAGGCGCCCGCCACUGUGCCCGGCUAAUUUUUUGUAUUUUUAGUAGAGAUGGGGUUUCACCGUGGUCUCGAUCUCCUGACCUCGUGAUCUGCCCACCUCGGCCUCCCAAAGUGCUGGGAUUACAGGCGUGAGCCACCGCGCCUGGCCCCUACUUUGAGUCUUAACUGUGGUUUUUCUUCAAUCCCCAUGGGAAAGGGCUUCAAGGCACCACCAGUGGUAUUUAAUAUUCAUACUUGGGGCCAGGCAUGGUGGCUCACGCCUGUAAUCCCAGCACUUUGGGAGGCCGAGAUGGGUGGAUCACCUGAGGUCAGGAGUUCGUGACCAGCCUGACCAACAUAGUGAAACCCCAUCUCUACUAAAAAUACAAAAAUAAGCCGGGCGUGGUGGCGCACACCUGUAAUCCCAGCUACUCAGGAGGCGGAGGCAGGAGAAUCACUUGAACCUGGGAGGCGGAGGUUGCAGUGAGCCGCAAUUGCACCACCACACUCCAGCCUGCGCGACAGAUCGAGACUCUGUCUCAAAAAAAAAAAAAAAAUUCAUACUUAUGCCAUGCUUUUACCUUUAGAUACACACGUUACAGUAAUCCACGUGGUGAAGUGCAUGUCACCGUUAACUAAGGAAGGACUGCGGUAAUUUACCCUGCAGGGCUGUAGGUUGCCUGCAGGCGCUCCAGGGCCCCAGCCUGUUGAUUCCGAUUUCUAGGUCUCAUCUUCCUCUGCUCCCUUUUGGCCACUACUUUAAAAGCUUGCCCAAAGGGAUCCCCUCCAUUCUAGUGGGCAUUUGCUGAACUAACCCGCCCCUAAGGCUGGCUUCUAACCACUGGGGAAAGCUGCUUAGCCUCCAGGGCUCCCUCCUUGAGAGGCUCACACACCCCCCAAGCUGCUGUGGAAGUGAAUUUGAGACGGAGCAGAAGCUGCAAAGCUGUGCUUUUCCCUGGGGAAGGGGAUGUGCUGCGGCCUCCUGGGUGGGCGUGGAGAGGGCGCCAUCACAACGAGUCCAGGUUUUUGCUUUCGGAAGGUCUCUGAUAAUUUAGGGGUGCUGGAAACCAGCACUGUGUUAUCCCCAAUCCCUCCCGUGCCACCAGUUUUGUGAUUUAGGUUGCUUUAGUGGGUGACUAACUUUUGUUCAGUGAAACCAGGGUUUGUUUGUUUUUCUUUGCUACUUACAUAUUUAAAGGUACAAGUUUCUUAUUUCAAAUCUCUACUGAUAGUGCCCUAUGGGAAGAUGCUGGAACACAUUUUGCAAAUGUGACUUUUUUUUUUUUUUUAAUUUUUGCUUGAAGCCUGUGUCAUGUUAGUUGCUGCUGCCUUCUUUCCUUUUGUGAGGUUCCCAAUGUUUCAUCCAGAAAAGUACUUUAUUUAUGCAAGUCAGGUGACUCUUAGGCCACAAAACCAUUUGAUGAUAAACAGAUUAUCAUUAGGUGCAUAUCUUAUUGAUAUUUUGUGAAAUGUUAUGCCUAUGUUGCAAAAGUUGAAUAGUUUUGUCUUUAUACAUUGCUGUCUUCAGUGUACAGCAUGGUUUUACUUAAUUGAAUGUUAAUGUUUAAUAUUUUCUUCUUAUAGAAGAGAUCAUGCCCUUUUGUAUGACAUGUUUUAAUAAAUGUUAUCUGUCAACUUUGUAAAA